AUGAAAAAGAAAUCUAGUAAAUCUAGCAUUAAUGUAAAUAAAAUUCCGAAGAGACGUAAUAAAGAUGAUUGGCGUGUCGCGUUGGAUUCCACAUUCAUCAACGAUGAUCGCUGGUGGUGCAUAACGACGAUGAUGGUGGAAACAAUGGUCCAGCACAGCCGUUACGUUUCUCUCUUCAACGAGGCCGCCGAAGAAGGGACGUGUAUUUAUUCCCUCAGCCAUCAGAAAGCAAUAGACACGGUGAAAACGCUGUCGAAACGAGAUCCAGAGAAAUGUCCCGCCAUUAUGGGUAUCUGUCAUUACGCGAAUACGGUCUUAAACGAAAACAAUGGCCAUCUGUCCACCUGGCUUGCUGCACGGAUCAUAAAAUAUCUGAUUUAUCGCGCGAAAAUCGAGCAACUCCGGAGACUUGAGGUAGAGGAGGAUCUGGACCGCGAAAUCGACGAAGAAUAUCGGGCAAUUUCGAAUAUUGCCAGCUCAACUUCUUUGAGAAACGCUGUGAGACCUCGAAGAUCCGACAAUAGCCAAACUAAAUACGCAUUCUCCAGCAAAGUGAAUGCGCACUCACACGUGAAUGACAUAUCUUUUGACGGACCGAAUCUCUAUGUUGUGCUUAGCGGGUUUCACGAUCCCGAUUUACCAGCAGAGCUAUUACACGUCGGAGUUCCUCUAAUUUGUAUAUUAAAAAUUAAACCCACCGAUGAGCGAGAGAUUGCGAGUCCCGAGACAAAGAAAAAAAAUCUCGUUCGUCGCGACACUUCUCCACACUUCUCCGAAGAUUAUCGUGCGGACGAGAACGAGCUGUACAAAUUUUGGACGGUCACACCACGCCAAGUACCUGAAGAGCAUGAGACUGGAAAAAGAAUCUUCGAUAAGAGGAACGAAACAAUGGAAGAUACGAGGAUCUACGAGGCCGCGUUAAGUGACAUACCUAACGAAUACAUCAACGUACCAGUGUUAUUGGGCGCGAUACUUUUGCAGGUUGAAUCUAAUCUAGCGGGAUCUCGCGAUGGAUGCGUCCCUGUCAAACGUAAUGCGGGUUUUAGCGAUGACGCCGAUAAAGGAGACGCGAAUACAUCAACGACAGCCGAGGGAAUCCCUGUAUUCGAUGUUCGGGACAAGCUCAGGCUGCUUGAUCUCGAGUACGAACUUAUCGAUGAAUGCGCCAGUCGAUCAUUGCUACCUUCCGAUCUCGAAGUUACGUUGUACAGGGACACCUUGAGGACGAUCGUACGUCGUUUCCUCGAUCGGGAAUCCUUAGAGCUGGACGACGCGGUUCUGCGCGUUCUGCGGGACCCGAGGAUAAUUGAUAUUUGGCGGAAUCGCGAGGUAUCGAGCGAUAUGUAUUCUUGUCAUGUGGACAACAUCGCGGACGUAUUAAAUCGAGAUCGAUCGUCAUCGGUUGGUCGCGAAGAAAUCUUGCAUUAUCUGCAUUUAUUGGUGUUCGACAAAUUGAUCUUUUCCGGUGACAAGAGUGACAACGAGGGAAGAGCCAGCUCGAAGAAGGACUCGUCGAAAUUAAAACGAUCGGUGAUUAAGAGAACGCGCAGCCUGUCGGAUCUCACGACGUCAUCCAGGUUGACUGUAUCCAGUCUCCGGCGUUUCAAGAGCGACACCGAGAUUGAUUAUGACAAGCCGGUGCUCGCGUUCACCGACUGUCCGCUCUUAUUCGCGUUAACGGACACUAGAGAAGCUCUGCUUCCGGGAUAUUUGCACGAAAAUGUCUUCGGGAGAAGGAGAAGCUCGAGAUCGAGUCUCGAGGAAUACGAAGACGUCGAGCUGCUCCCCAAGCGUGUUUUUCUUCAGACCGUCUACGAGUGUUUCCAGAGCUUCGAUCGUCUGGCGAGCAGAUACUUCGAACCGACGGAUUCGAUGCUCCUUUACUUUAGCAAUGAUAACCGGACGGGUGAUGCGUUCGAGGAAACGCGCUUGUCGACUAUACGAACGCCCAUCGGACUCGGUGAGUUCUGCGAAUAUAUCGCGGAAGAGGAAGAGAAUUGGAUGGAACGGGAGACACGCCAAUCGCCUAGGAUGGACCUGACAGGGAGAUUUAUGAAGAGACCCGUCGAGCUGGAAGACGACGCGAUCAUAUUCGCCGACGAGUGCUUCGUGCUUCCGGGUUCGCUGAAAGCGAAAAGUUUGGCUCGCGAGGACUCGCAAAGGAGGAUUUCCGAAACUAAGGAGCUGGUGGAGGAGAGGAAAAUAAACGAGGCAAUAACCGGGGACAAACAGGCGGAUGGAGGGAGAGUUAUGAGUGGAAGAACCUCGUCAUCAACGACGAGGAAAAAAUCGGGCACUAGGAUAGACGACGUCGAUACGUCGUCCUUCUUGUCGAUGAAAAAAAUUCUAUCGUCCCGAUGCGAGGAUUCCUACGACUUCGUCGGAUACGAUCUCGGAAGUCUUCGCGUGCAAGUGAUUCAUCAUAGCAAAAAGUUUCUUCUGGACGACACAACGGUGCGAGUCGAUGUCGAGGAUUGGCUUCACCGAGACACCGAUAUACGCAUCUCCAUUACUCUGCAACGCUGCACUUUACGAUUGUCUACCGGAGUUGGUCGCCGUCAAUCGACAAACGCAUUUCACUUAACUACGGAGAGUGGAAUUGUAUUGGGUUUCUGCCGAAAUGAAAACAGGAAGUUCGAUGCAGUUGGGAGCUCGUCCAAUUGCCAUUGGCAACAUUUGGCUUUCGAUUUUCGUGCUUCGUGGCCUUCCGGAUUGUGGAUAGAACCAGCCAUCGUCGGGGACGGCACAAAAGACCCGUUUUGCAUUCGUCAAUCGUACGUUUCGAAACGUCCCGGGCGCGCAAAAGCAGCUCAUGAGGUCUGUCGGAACUUUCUUAGAAGCGGAACCGUCUUAAAGCAUAUGGACGACAAUACUGUCGUCAUCCUCCGUCCCAAUAGCGUCAUCGUGACGUGCAUGGACUUCGACAAGUCGCAAUCGUACGACGAAUCCACUCGCUCGACCACCCUAAAAGAAUUUAGGAACAAAAAGGGCAACUCGAUGGUAGCCCAGGGCGGAGAAAAAGUCAUAGGUUCCACGGAGUCGCGUUUCAACGGAUCGAUCGUGGACGAGGAACCAUCGAAACGACAUAAAUUGUCGUCUGAAAAACACGUGAUCAGCGACUGGAACGAUCCGCUCAUAACAGGAUCGACUAAAGUGUUACGAUACUCAGUCGUGAAUUACGACGGCAGGCGUUACGAAGUGUUGAACGAUCUGGUCGUAAGUGAACACGAUCGAUUGCUCGUUAGAACCGUGUCCGACUACGAGGUCAACGAGGUAUUCACACGCCGUGCUGAUGGUACUGAUACGUUGCUUCGUUCAAAUGGAGAAUUGGUCGUUAUCUUUCCCGACGGCACGCGUAUCAUUACUGGUUACAUCAUAGAGGAACAUCCGGUGAUCUGCGACUGGUCGGAGGACGAGUUGCGGAGAUAUUUAGGCUACAGGGAGCCCGACGGUUUUGUCUCGAUCUUGUUGACUUUCCGCAUGGAGCACGAGGAUUACGCCACCGUGUCCUACGAUCAGUCAGCGGUGGGGUGUUCUUUAUCGAUGCCCGACAAUCUUCGCGUCAGCAUAUCGGGGGAGGGUCAUUACGAAGUUUCAAUGGGGGACAAAGUUAAUCUGAAGAUUCGCGACGACGUGACGACGCUCUCGGAGAUAUGUGCUACCUGUGGCGGAGAGUCGAUAUCGACUUAUAAGUUUCGGAAAUCGUCCGACGACGACGACAACGUCGGUGCGCGAACGAUUCUCAGGACUAUCGAUAUUCUUGGGAAUGUGCUCGAGGUUAAAAGCGACGGUACCACGAGUUAUCGUCGCCCGCAUAUACGGAAGGAAGAUGAAGGACUAGGAGGAGAAAGAGGAGGCGACGAAAGGGUGGAUGAGGAAGAGGAUGCCGACUCGGGGACAAGGAUCCGUCGCAAACACGGACGAUAUUGCGAAAUGCUCAAGUUUCCUGCGAGAAGUCAAUACAGAAUUUUCGCGAUGAAUCGCGAUCUGACAGCUUGCGAGUACCUUCAUCGAUCGGUUAGAGCCCGCGAGCUGGCAGCCGUCUUCGGCGACGAGACGAGCAUGAUCCAGUAUCCAAUUUCACGUCAACCGGAACUUCGUCGCUUGAUUACAUUUGUGCCAAUGGAACCGGAGUCGGGAUCAAAGGAAAUAUCGGGAUUCUGUCAAUAUCGGAUCAGAUCCCACAAGCGGACGGAUUACGGUGAAACUGAAUUACCGAGGAGCACUUAUUCAUUUCCGUAUAACUGGCUGUUCCCCUUUGGCAGAAAAGAUCAGAGAGUUCCUGAAAGAAUCCGCAGCAAAGUUUUAGCAAAGCGAAAUGAGCAGCCGUUGCCCAAGUUAUUGCGAGUGCGCGUCUUCUUCGGUAUUAAAGAGGCAGACAGAAACGCCCUGAUCGAUAUGCAGAGAGUUAUGGGACGCUAUUGGAUAUCCUUGAUUUCGUUGAAAUUCUCGGGUUAUUCGGUGAUAUUACGCGCGAGGUUGCCCAUUUUCUCCGAUUACACUUCUUCUUCUUCUUCCUCAUCCUCCUCUUCCACCACCCAGGUGUUCCGUGAUGGUGACAAAUGCCGGCUAUUUUGCGCGAAGACUGGAAGCAGUCGACCCUGCGAAGUUGAAAAUGAUUACGGGAGUUCGGAGAGCAGCCUACGAGAGCUGGCUCUUGGCGUUAAGGGAAGCAUCGACGUCGAGACGUACGUCAGAAGCCUUCAGGGUAAGCUCAUUAAAGUGAGCACGAAAGCACCUCGACAGUCGAGCCGUCUUGCGGAGUUACUUCGACAAAGAGGCCCGAUGAAGGAGGAAUAUGAGUGGUAUAAACAGUGCAUGAGGAAGCGGAUUAUUGUGCCGUAUUUUCGAAAUAUUGCUUUUGGUUCGAGUUGUUCCUUAACGAAGGAUCGUGUCGACGAGGAGAUAUUCAGCAAAAGUUCUCAGUGUGUCGAACGCGAAGAAGAUGAAUUUAUCAAUAGUAAUAGGACUGAGGAAACUUCUUGUCCAUCUCUAUAUUAA